AUACUCUAAUUUCCCCAGUGGACCAAACUCCACUGUCGAAAUCUAGGGUUUUAAAUUUUGCCUUCUUUCAGAGCUUCCAUUGACGAGCAGCUAAAUCAACAAUGGGUCACUCUAACGUAUGGAACUCUCACCCGAAAACCUACGGCCCUGGAUCUCGCGCCUGCCGUGUGUGCGGCAACCCCCAUGCCAUUAUUAGGAAGUAUGGGCUCAUGUGUUGCAGACAGUGCUUCCGUAGCAAUGCCAAGGAAAUCGGAUUCAUCAAGUACCGCUGAAGAAUUUAUAUGGUCUGAAUUAGGAAGGACUUUGUUUAAGCACGAAUCAUUGGUGUGGAGUUUUCUAAUUUAUCGGUACUAGAAGACAACGUUUUGGUUUUUGGUUAAUUUAGUAUGAACUUGAACUAAAAAUACUUUCUCCUUUCUCAAUCAAGUAAUCAUAUUGUUAACUUUCUUUGCA